AAGAAAGUCAUUUCCGAACUUCUGAAAGCAAUCGGUCCGCUAAUGAGAAUUUAGGCUCACCAAUCUGUCCAGAGAGUGAAUAGAGAUUGGGUAGAAUAUCAGUCAUGAAAAAUAAAAUUACGAGCAAGCGAGCUCCGACGGCAGGACUAAACAAAAUGCACCGAAGAUCAACAUAAUUUCCGUUGCAUCUCGUGCAGAAAUAUCUAACAAACGCGGCGAUGUCUGUCUGCUAGAGAAGAGAACUUUUCCUUUCAAAAGACAUUUUACAACAGGCAUCAUAUCAUUAUUUGGUCGUAAUGAAGACCAAACUACAACAGUUAGUGUCUCAGCAAACCGGAAGUGCAAGGCUUUUGUGUCCAACAAAAGGCUGUGGAAUCGAAGAAGGCGGAAGCUCUCAAUCCCGUGGCAUGCAACCAUUUAAUCGAAAUGGCGGAAGACGAACAGAUGAACGAAGAAAUGUUUAACGACGAGUGGCCAGAGGAUCAACUCUUGGGACCGACUGAAGACCCAAUCCCAGCUCAAGAGCAAGCGCAGCCAGCGGCCCCCAACAAAGAAGAGGCGGCCGAACCCAGAAGCAGCGCCAACGUAGCCCCUGCCGCGGAAGCAGCAGUGGAAAAGGUGAACUCGAAGGGCACGCGGGGCGGCCAGGGCGGCCGGUGGUCGCAGUCCCGCCAACAAGAGGCCCUGGCCACCAGAAUGAUACUCAACUACGUAAGGCUGAGUCAUCCCAACAAGCGUGGCAGGGGGAACGACCAUAGAAAGGAACAACUAACAUCUUCCACCAAUUCCCAAGCACAACGAUAUCGAAAAAUACAGCAGCUCACAUUCCGGUGUUACAAAUCAAAGGUUCCUAAUCCCACAUAG